UCUCCUCCUCAAAGCAUGUGACCGCAGUCCUGCUGACAAACAGAGGAGAACGCUUGUGACCGAACACAGCAGCAGCAGCUCGGAGCUCCGCGACAUCACCACACCGUAACGCAGCGCGGACUCGACAACAGUGCUCCUCAUCUCCUCAUCUCCAACAGACAACAUGGACUGCGGGAUUUUCACGUCCAAGAGCAUCCUCCUCUUCCUCAGCCUGGUGUUUUGGGUUGCAGGAGCGGCGUUGGCCUACGUCGGUGCCUAUGUGAUCAAGAGCUACGACAACUUUGACAGCUUCAUCCAGGACAAGUACACACUGGUCCCAGCGGCGAUCAUCAUCGGCGUCAGCGUGGUGAUGUUCAUCUUCGGUCUGGUGGGAUGCUGCGCCACGCUGCGGGAGUCCAAAGUCGGCCUCAGCUUCUUCUUUCUGAUCAUCAUGGGGAUCUUUGCAACUGAAGUGGCAGCGCUGGUGUUCAGCUUCAUCUAUCAAGGCAAGAUCAACACAGACCUGGAGCGCUCCAUGAAUGAUGUCUUCAUGAAGUAUGACGAACAGGGUGCCGACACCAAAGCUGUUAACUACCUGCAGACUCAGUUGGAGUGCUGUGGUGUCCUGAAUUACACCAGCUGGUCCAACACCACCUGGUUUAGAAACAACAACAACACCGUCCCCGUGUCCUGCUGUAAAAACAGCACCCAGUGCACUCGCAGACUGGACCAACCGGAGCAGCUCAACACCCAGGGUUGUGAGGUGAAGCUGAAUCGCCUCCUACAGGGUGUGUUGGGCUACGCCAUGCUGGUCAUUCUGGGCUUCGCCGUCAUCAAGUUCUUUGGGAUGCUGAGCGUGUGCGUGAUCACCUGUAGAAGCGGCAGCCGGAGGAGUGGCUACCAGCCUCUGUAUGCCUGAACCGCUUCAUGCCACCCCUCCGUUCUGCUUGACGAGUUUUGCUGACCACUCACUCAGCAGUGACACAUCCAAGCCGAUCACUGGACAAAUCUUACGUUUUAUUUAAAUAAGGGCAUAGGAAGUGCACACGAGUGGUAGACGGUGUCUCUAUAUCAAGGGGGUCUUGCCAGAUCAUUCCUCCACAUAUGAAGGCAGCACGAGUGUUCCUCUGACUAGGUACAUCACUUUGCUGAAUGUGGUUCUCAGUUGUUAUUGUCUUAAUUCUCCCCUUUGGAGAUGUGCCGUGUGGUCUGUGCACUGUUUCAGCGACUGUAUUAUUCUUUGAUGAAGGACUUUAAAAUACAUUUUAAGCUUUUGGGGAUUGUGAUCAGAAGGACAGCGGUUUAAUGUUUUAUUUCGGGUUACAACGUGUAUAGCCAACUGAAUGACUCGAUUUAAUAUAUAUGUAUACACACAGACAAAAUUACACACACACGUUUUAUGUCAGUUAACUGUUUUGACAAUUCUACAUAGCGAGACUUUGGUUGUGUUUAUUAUGUUUCUAAAUUAAAAUGGGUGAAUAUUUCACAAUA